AUGUCCGGCGAGGGCGAGGGCGAGGGCGAGGGCGACAGCGAUGGGGACAACGGCGCCGCCAGCAAGCCCUUGGCUGGCCCCCAAGGCAGCAGCAGGGGCCACUUCCUGCACACGGUACAAGCGGCACAAAACUCGGCCGCCACCGUGACCACGGGCUACAACGCCUUGCGCGGUUCACGAUGGCCGACCAUUGCUCUUG